CAUUGGACGCUGAAUUAUUUAUGUACACUGACUGAGAGCUCUUGAAAAAGAUCAAUCACUAUAAGUAUUAGCAUUCUUUCUUUCAUAAAUCACACCCAAAAUAAAAAAUGAAUCGCUGGAUCAGCUUCUUGAUUCCGCUGAUAGCAUUACUCUGGAUGAGUAUGGCAGUGACUGGUGAUCACCAGUCAUCAACAGAGGGAAAGAGAUGGGCUUUGCUGGUUGCUGGUUCUAAUGAGUUCUACAACUACAGGCACCAAGCUGAUAUUUGCCAUGCCUACCAGAUUCUGAAGAAAGGUGGUCUUCCAGAUGAAAACAUCAUUGUUUUCAUGUAUGAUGACAUUGCCUACAAUAAAGAAAACAAAUGGCCUGGAAAAAUAUUUAACAGCCCAAAUGGUCCAAAUGUUUAUGAAGGGGUUCCCAAGGAUUAUACUGGAGAUGCAGUGAGUGUAGAAAACUUCUUUGCUGUGCUUAGUGGCAACAAAAGUGCUACCACUGGAGGUAGUGGGAAGGUUUUGGACAGUGGCCCAGACGACAUCAUUUUCAUUUACUACACAGACCACGGCGAUGCCGGCAUAGUAUCCAUGCUAGAUGAUAUGAUUACAGCCAACGACCUUGUAGAUGCGUUGAAGAAGAAACAUGCCGCAAAUUCAUAUAAAAAGAUGGUGAUAUACUUGGAAGCAUGUGAAUCUGGGAGCAUGUUUGAAGGACUUCUUCCAGAUGACAUAAACAUCUAUGCAACCACUGCUGCAAAUGCAGAGGAAAAUAGUUGGGGAUAUUACUGCUUAAUAAAAGAGUAUGGCACUUGUCUGGGAGACCUCUACAGCAUUUCAUGGAUGGAAGACAGUGACAAGCAUGAUCCGAGGUCAGAAACUCUGGAAAGACAAUAUGAACAUGUUCGCAAGAGAACAAUUAGUCCUCCAACAAUGCAUUCUCACGUAAUGCAAUAUGGAGAUAUGAGGAUGAGCAGUGAUUAUCUUGCCACAUACAUUGGUUCACCCAGUCAUGAAGAAGUUUAUCAAAACUUCAAUCUCCCCACCAAUAAUGCAAUUCCAUUUAGUGAUCCAUCAGAACUUGUUAGCCAACGAGAUGCACGCUUAUUUUAUCUAAGGCAUAAGUUGGAAAAGGCAAUGGAUGGUUCUAAUGAGAAGUUACAAGCUCAGAAAGAGUUAGAUGCUGAAAUGGCUCACAGGGAGCAUGUGGAUAAGAGUGUCCAUCUCAUAGGGAACCUCUUGUUUGGAGAAGACAAAAGCUCCAACACCAUGGUUCAUGUUCGUCCGGCAGGGCAGCCUCUUGUUGAUGACUGGGAAUGUUUUAAGACACUGAUAAAAACUUACAAGAAGCACUGCGGAGCUUUAUCAAGGUAUGGAAGGAAAUACACAAGGGCCUUUGCCAACAUGUGCAAUGCUGGAAUUUCUGAGAAGCAAUUGAUUGCAGCAUCAUUGCAAGCUUGUCCUUGGAAAACCCAGGCUUCUUAGAUUCCUCUUUAGGAGAAGAAUGUAAUAACGAAUACAUUAAUAAAUUCCUCCUAAGGAGAAGAAUGUGAUAUAUUAAUAAGUUCCUCCUCGGGAAUGUAAUAGCUAAUAUAUUAAUAACUCAACUGUUCUUCAAUUCUGCAAAAUUCAUUAUCCUCGUU